AUGCACCCUUUUGUAUCAGUGUUUAUAACUUAUGGCGGUGCUGGAUCUUUUUACGAAGGUCUGUAUGCUGGUAAACGGCUUGCUGUAUUCCCAUUCUUUGGAGACCAAUUCCCUAAUGCACAUAAUGUCGAGCACAAUGCCUUCGGUGUCUAUCUGAACCAUGAAUUCAAUCAAGAGCAAAUGAAUGAAAAGAUUCAACUUGUUGGUGCAGAUAUUGAUGGUGUUUUUCAAAAGAACGUAAACCGAUACAAGGCAUUGAUUCAAAUUCAUUCUCGUCAUGGUCGUAUUCGUGCUGCUAAUUUGGUAGAAGAGGUCCUGUUUGUCAACAAGUAUGGGCAGCUACCAUAUAGAUAUGAAGCUAGCCGUCAAAUGUCAUUCAUCAAGGCACACAAUCUUGAUCUGUAUGCAGCUGCUGCUGUGAUGGCAAUCUCUUUUAUUUUCUUGGCUGCAUUCGUUCUCAAAGCAAUGCUGCUGAAUUUGAUUUCUGCCUUGAAGAACCCAUUUACCACAAAGCAGAAAGCCAUAUAA